ACUCAAAGCCCAACUACCCAAACGUUAUCCUCCUCCCCUCUUCAGCGGCCACCAGCGCAAUGGCAGCUGCGACGGCGCCGGCGAUCGCCACCACCCUCUCCGCCCUCCUACACCGCCGAACGAGACGUGGCCACAGACUUCGAGCUACCUACGCGAGGCGCGUCUCCUCCGACGCGAGCGCCGAGGCGGCGGAGCUGGAGAGCCGGAGGGGAGGCCACGGCGGGACGCGCCUGGAGGAGGCCGUGCCCGCCGGGGAGGGGCGUUCCCGGAUCGACGCGUGGAUCGUGGCGCGGCUGGGCGGAGGUGGCGUGAGUCGCUCGCGCGUGCAGGCCAGCAUCCGCGCCGGCCUCGUCGCCGUCAAUGGCCGUCCGGUCUCUAAGCAGGUUUCACAUACGGUGAAAGGAGGGGACUUGGUCAGCUGCACGGUGUCGGAGCUACAGCCUCUGAGAGCAGAGGCAGAGGACAUCCCGCUAGACAUUGUUUACGAGGAUGACCAUGUUCUUGUCGUGAACAAGCCAGCUCAUAUGGUUGUUCACCCAGCACCAGGCAAUGCAAAUGGCACCUUGGUCAAUGCUAUACUUCAUCACUGCAGGAUUUCGACAUUUACAUGUUUGGCACGCAGUUCAACAGGUGAUGAAUGCCCAGAUUCUUCAGAUGAUGAUAUUGACGUGUUGGAUGUCGAUCAAUUUACCACUGAUGAAGUAAGUUCAGAGGUCCGGGAAGCUCUUGUGCGCCCUGGUAUUGUGCAUAGGCUUGAUAAGGGGACGAGUGGACUUCUUGUUGUAGCUAAGGAUGAGCAUUCUCAUGCUCAAUUGGCAGAACAGUUCAAGCUGCAUACAAUUCGUAGGGUAUACAUCAGUCUUACUUGCGGUGUACCUAAUCCAAAUUCUGGAAGGAUUAAAGCAUCUAUUGCACGUGAUCCUAACAAUCGGAUCCGUAUGAUUGCUAUUGCUGGAUCAUGCCACAGAUAUGCACGGCAUGCUGCUAGUAGGUACAAAGUAAGAGAGGUAUUUGCUGGUGGUGGAUCCGCACUAGUAGAGUGGAGAUUGGAGACAGGGCGCACUCACCAGAUCCGAGCGCACGCAAAGUAUCUAGGGAUCCCUCUACUUGGUGAUGAAACAUAUGGAGGUACCAAAAGCAUGGCACUGUCACUUUUGAGACCGAGAACUCCUUCAAAAUAUCAUAGGGAUCUUUCAAAUCUGGUAUCUAAAGUAGACAGACCAUGUCUCCAUGCUGCAUUACUUGGAUUCAAGCAUCCACAUUCAGGAAAGAUCCUUGAAUUCUCAUGCCCCCCACCAGAUGAUCUUGCUGAGGUACUUGAUGAACUGCGACGUGUUACAUCAACAAGUGAUUGCCAAAAUGGUGAUGGUGUAGUUCGAUAACAGUUCUGUGCCUAAAUGCAAAGUGAUGUUUAGUGUAUAAUAUGUCUGGUGUAAGGUCUCUUUUAUUGGAGCUGUGAGGCCAUCAUUGAUUGAUUCAGGGGUUAAACUGCAGAA